AUGGCAUCUGCGGCAAGAACGUUGCGUAUUGGUCUCAUCCCAGGUGAUGGCAUCGGACGGGAGGUCAUCCCAGCCGGAAGGAGAGUCCUAGAAGCUCUGCCAGCAUCGUUGGGUCUGAAAUUCUCAUUUGUGGAUCUGGAUGCAGGCUUCGAUACGUUCAAAAAGACAGGUGCUGCUUUGCCAGACAAAACUGUGGAAACUUUGAAGAAAGAAUGUGACGGAGCGUUGUUUGGUGCCGUCAGUUCACCUACCGUCGCGACAAAGGGAUAUUCCUCGCCUAUCGUCGCCCUGCGAAAGCGGCUCCAGUUGUACGCAAACGUUCGUCCUGUGAAAUCAGUGGCUACGGCAAAGAAUCCGGUAGACCUAGUCAUAGUUCGCGAGAACACCGAAGAUUUGUAUGUCAAGGAAGAAAAAACAUACGAUGGUCCAGAGGGCAAGGUUGCGGAAGCUAUCAAACGCAUUUCAGAGAAAGCCAGCUUCAACAUUGCAGCGAUGGCCGGUGAGAUCGCGCUCCGCAGACAGAAAAUUAGGGACUCUGGUGCAUCGAGCAUUCAUUCACAGCCACGAGUGACUAUCACGCACAAGAGCAACGUUCUAUCGCAGACAGAUGGGCUAUUCAGAGAGACGUCGCGCAAGGCGCUCGGACAGGAAAAGUUCAGCUCCAUUAAGAUCGAUGAGCAGAUCGUAGACAGCAUGGUAUACAAGCUCUUCCGCGAACCUGAGUCAUACGAUGUCAUUGUUGCACCAAACCUGUACGGCGAUAUCCUCAGCGACGGUGCUGCAGCCUUGGUAGGAAGUCUUGGUUUGGUUCCCAGCGCCAACGUGGGUGCUGACUUUGUCAUCGGUGAGCCCUGCCACGGUUCGGCUCCCGAUAUCGAAGGCAAGGGCAUUGCCAACCCGAUCGCUACAAUCCGUAGCACUGCCUUGAUGUUGGAGUUCCAGGGCCUGGAAGAGGCUGCCGCGAAGAUUUACGCUGCCGUUGAUGCAAAUUUGGAAGAAGGCAAAUUGCUAUCUCCUGAUCUUGGAGGCAAGGCAACAACAGAGGAAGUGCUGCAGGACAUCCUCAGACGGUUGUAA